GGGGCGGGCCGGGCUCCCGGCGCCGAAGCCCGCAGCCCCCUCCCCUCGCCUGACAGCCGCUCGCUGCCGCCUAGGCGCUGCCACCCAGCCCCACCCCAGGCGACCCUGAGUAGAGCGGCGGGAGACCCGAGCUGGAGGUGAGCGCGGCGCCAGCAGGUGGAGCGGGCAGCCCGGACCCCAGCCCGGCUGGGGGAGGGGGAUGAGCUCGGGACGAGGUUCUUUGUCUCCCCGAGCCCGAGCGCGGGCAGCCGGGACCGCUCCUCCUCCCGGCAGGUGCCGGCGUCCCUUGGGGCUGGCGAGAGGACCAGAGCGUGCGCUCCCGUCCCCCCAUCCCUAUCUGGAGUCUGUGUCAUCCUCCUGUUACCGAGGUUGGUGGUCGGGGUCCCUAAAGAACGAGGGUUAGGGGCGUGGAUCUCAGGUCCUGAAAGGGAGCGGGGCGGGGAGAAGGGGGGUGGGCUGGGACAGGCAGGCUCUGGAAGAGGGAGAUAGGCGUGGGACUUGGGGACAACCACGAGCAGCUGGGCUGGUGAGUGGGUGGGUAAGUGGGAGGGAAGUGGAUCGAGGCCGAGGUUUGGGCGCCUAUGGGUGGAGACGCUGGGGAUGGGGCAGCGAGGUGCCGGGACCCAGGUGCCCGCAAGCUGUCUAAUGUUUCAGGACCUGGGAUGCUGACCCGUCUGUUUCCUCAUCAGGUGUAGGAUGGACAAGAGGGACAAGGCCCGGGCAGGGGCCACCGCACGGGCGUCGGCUUCUCGCCCUCCCAGCCUUCCGACCCCCAGACCCCCAGGGUCUCCUCGACCCCCGCCCCCAGUAACCAGCGCGGCCCUCCGAGUUUUGGGAGCAGCGGGAGCUACGGGCCGAGGGCCCCUAGCCGGCCGAGCUGUGGGUAUCCGGGCAGCCUCUCUCCCGGAAUCUACUCCCAGGGUGGGACCCACGCGGAGCGCCGGGACAGGCCCCCGGGGCCCAGGUACCCCAGACUCUUUCUUUGAUUCCUACACCAUCUCCCUGUUCCCCUUUCCUUCUGAGGCACCAGCCUCCCCCUGAUUUCCAGGGGCGCUGCAUUAACUGGGCUUUCUCCCAGCAGCCUGCAGGCCCCCAGCGGCGGGGAGAGGGGAGCGGACCUCUGCCAAGACGCCAGGCCCGGGCUCUGUCUCUAGCCUGGGAGGUACCAAUGGGACCACCAGGUAACACACCUCCCCCCUUCCCUUGGGAAGGGUUAGUGUCAUUCUCUGGAAUCUUAAUUUUACACAUGAAUUGGAGCGUGAGAACACUUGCAGGUCACUGGGCACGAAUUGGGUGAAAGCCAUUCUUGGUCAGCAGAGAGCUGUAUGCCCCAUUUUACAGGUGGGAAAAUGUGGACUUGGGAGGUCAAACAAGGAACGGGUGUCUCUGCCCUGAGCACAGCACCCACCCCUGUGCCCAGGCUAGGCCCUCUUGGGCAGAAGGGGCUCCGGCCUCCAGCUGAGGAACCUGUGAGCAGAGGAAAAACCCCAGAAGCUCCCAGAAGGAGCACCCUGAGUGCAGGGGCACGGAGAGACUCUUCCGGGCCCACCGCAGGCUCCCCAUCCCCAGCCAUCUCCCGUCGGUCCCGGGGUGCGGGCGCUGAGGUGGGGCUCCCACCGGCAGCCUCGAGUGCACGGCUCCGACCCCCGACUGACGUCCCCAGGAAAUCAGUGAGCAAUGCCCCGACACGCAGCACAGCAGAGCCGAGCCCCGCCGCCAGGAGGCGACCCAGCGCCAGCGGGGGCCUCCAGAGGCCAGCCUCGAGCUCCCAGGGCUCCAGCACCACCCCUUUGUCCUCCCUAGCCCGCUCUGGUGCCUCGCUGGGUGGAAGGGCUCUGGGGCAUCCUUCGCAGCCCAAGUCAAAAGGGCCGCGGGCCCUGAGCCCGACUCAGGCCGCACCCCCAAGGAAGGGCACAGCCAUCCUGCAGGACCGUUCUCCUUUGGCCCGAUCCUCUCCGUCCGGUCCAAACGCACAACCGGCACCGCCUACCCACGUCACAGCCACUCCUUUGCGGGACACGCUCCCGCCCUCUCCACCCAUUACGCCUCCUUCUCAGGCCCUAACCUGUCCUUUGGCCACGCCCUUUCCACUAGCCCCUCCUCCUCCCUCUGCUCCGCUUUCUCUGCAGACCCUCCCUUCUCCGCCGGCCACACCCCCUUUACAAGGUCCACCCACACACCUGAGUACAUCUGUUCCAGAGACACCCGCCUCUCCCAGGGCCACUUUUCUGGCUCCAUUCUCUCCUUCAGGUUCACCCCCUAUGCAGAGUACGUCUCCCACCCAGGCUUCAACAGCUUUGCCCCCUCUUCCAACGGUCCCUUCUCCCUUGACUGCACCUCCUUUGUCGGAUCCUCUGUCACCAGCCACGCCCUCUCUACAAACCUCUCUUUUUCAGGCAAAAUCUCUGCGAAACUUACCCUCUUCUCUAGCCACAGCCCCUCUGCAGGACUUUUCUGCUCUGGCCACGCCUCCUCCGCGGGCCAGUCCUCCUCUAUCUCCGCCCCCUUUCCAGGCCACGCUCUAUACACUAGCCACGACUCCCACUCAGGACCCUCUGGUCAUAUCCCUUCCGGAGGCUCCUCCCUCUCCCCUGGCCACGCAACCACUGCAGACUCUAUCUCCUUCAGUCACAUCCCCUCUUCAGGCCACUGCCUCUCUGCUCCUACCACCUCUACAGUCCCCAUCUUUUUUGGCCUCAGCCGCUCUGCAAGCCCCUCCCUCUUCCCUGGCCACGCCCCCUCCACAGACUCCAGCUCUGGCCACGCUCCCUCUACAGGCCACUCCCUCUUCUCAGACCCUGCCCCCUCUAAAGGCCCCACAGUCGGUGGCCUCGCCACCUCUGCAGACCACUCCUUCUCCAGCCAGGUCUCCUCUGCAGACUCCACCUUCUCUGGGCUCGUCCCUUCUGCAGGCCAUGCCUUCUUUCCUGGCUAUGGUCCCUGUACAAACCCAACCUCUGGCCUUACCCCCUCUGCAAGACCCUCCUCUCCUCGCCACGCCCCCUCUUCCGGCUCCACCUUCUUUGGCCUUGCCCUCUUGGCAGGCCUUACCCUCUCCCCUUGCCACAGCACCUCUGGAGGCCCCUUCUCCCCUAGCCAUACCCGCUCCUCAGGCUCCACUUUCUCUGGCUUUGCCCCCUAUUCAGUCUCUUCCCUCUCCCCCUACCUCACCCCUUCCGCAAGACUCUCCUCCCCUGGCCACGCCCACUCAAACUCCACCUUCUUUGGCCUUGCCCCCUCUGCCCGCCCCCCGCUCUCCUCUUGCCUCACCUCCUCUCCAGGCCCCACGCCGCCCCCCUACCCCAGGUCCUGAUACUCCGAUCCCGGGCCCACGGCUGACCCUGUCGCUGGCCCCGGCCCCUCCGCCUCCGCCCUCGCGCAGCCCGUCCAGUACGCUGAGCGGCCCGGAUCUGGCGGGCCACAGCAGCAGCGCCACAAGCACGCCUGAGGAGCUGCGCGGAUACGACAGCGGGCCUGAGGGCGGCGCCGCAGCUUCCCCGCCCGCCGACGCAGAGCUCGCCUCCUGCCACCCGGCCGCCUGGAGCCGAGGUCCUGCUCCGCCUCUGGCUGUCCGCGGCACCCCGGGAGCGCCACUGCCUUGGCCUCCUGCUGCCGGGUCGGGCUCGGCUGACGGCCUGUGCACCAUCUACGAGGCUGAAGGGCCCGAAUCGGCGACCCCGGCCCCAGGCGAGCUGGAUCCCGGGCCCGGGCCCGGAGCGGGUGGCGGGAAGGCGGCGGCGGGGGCGGGGGCAGCCUCCGCUGGGGGUGGCGGCGGCGCGGGGGGCGCCCGGACUGCGCUCAGCGAUGCCGAACUGGGUCGCUGGGCCGAACUGUUGUCUCCUCUGGACGAGUCCCGCGCCAGCAUCACCUCAGUCACCAGCUUUUCCCCGGACGACGUGGCUUCCCCGCAAGGUGACUGGACCGUAGUGGAGGUAGAAACCUUCCACUGA